GUACGUUCAUGUAUCAUACUCAACACUAGGACUUGGGUUUAUUAUAAUUAUAACAAGGUUAUAGUUUACUUAAACCUUGAAAUGAUAUUGCAAAUUGGAUUUUCAAACACUAUUAUAAUACAAAGUUUAUAUAUCAGGAUCAAUAUUACUAAAGGUUUUUUAAGUGUGAUAUAAAAUGUCAAGUUUAAACAAUUUAUAAACUCAGUCAGUGUGUAAUAUUAGGACAGUUUUAGUUAAAGUAGAUCUAAAUAUACAAUGGAUAGAUAACAAUUUACAGGGCAUAAUUUAAAAAAAGACGUUUUUUUUUCCAAUUUGUUAAACAUGCUAAAAGGAAACUUUAUACAAAAUCAAUAACAAUUGCUAUUAAUUGAGGCAUACAAAGAGUUUAAAUCUUUAUCAGAUGGCUGAAGGAGGCAUGCCAGUUGGCAGAAACAAACCAGGCUAUGCAGCUCUUGUAGUCAAUAUAGAAUCUGUGAGAUCAGAUUUAAAUGAUUUCAGGCCACGCCCAAGUGCCCGUGAGGAUAUCACUAAUCUAUUACAUAUAUUCAACAAACUAGGCCUUACAUGUAUCAAUGAAAGUUCAUCAGACCAUACAAAUCUAACAGUGGGUCAGUGGGAUCAUAAUCGAGCCAGUAAUCACACUAACAGUGAUGUGGAGAACUGCGGGGCCUGUCUACGAUGUAAAAUCAGAUCAAAAGAUCAUUCCGAAUCCAGGUGUUUCUUCCUUGCUAUGAGCUCACACGGUCGAGAAAUUACAGAAACUGAGGUCAUGUUUUCUGAUGAAGAAAGCGUUAAACUUACAGAAAUCUUCGAUGCUUUAAGUGACGAAAACUGCCCAUCAUUAAAGGGAAUUCCACGUAUAAUUUUGAUACUGGCUUGCAGAGGAAACUUCAAAGAUCCAGAACGAAAUCAAGCUAGGCAGGAUCGUGGAGUUCCUAUCAAUAUAUCAAACAAGCCUAAAGGUAAAGAAGACCACAAAGAACCGGCUCGCAGCGUAAGAAGAACAAAUAGUCAAACUCCUUUAACGUCAGGUGCAUCUUCAGCUCAAGAGUGUUAUUUCCAUCAUGCAUCAUUGAGCCAAUUGCCGAAUGACUUCCUACUCGUUUAUCCGUCCGUAUCCGGACAACUGACUCAUAGCAACGAAACAGAUGGAUCCUGGCUUGUAAAUGCUAUGAAAGAUGCAAUAAACGAAUACCUGGGAACCGUCCCGCCUCCUACCUCACUUGACUUCUUUCAUUUAAUAACAGCAGCAGCUGGACGUGUUGCUAUGAUAGAGUCGCAUGUUUUAGAAACAGACAACAAUGGACAAAAGGUUGGAAGAAAUGGUAAAAGAAAACUUGACACCAAAGAUGAAGAAAAAUCUGGAUUUAAAAAUGCUGUGUGUUCCCACCAUAGACUUUCAGAGCCCUUGGACUUUGACUUGAAUCAUAAACAAGAUAGUUGUAUUCCUAAGCCAACUUUUUUUUAAACUAAGUUUAACACAGUCUACUGCCAGUUUGAUAAAUGAUGUUUUUGUACAAAGAAGAAUUGUUUUCACCACAUAUAAAACAUAUCAAACCAAGCUUUUCCCCUUUAAUUGGCAUGAUUUUAAAGAAAAUUUCACUAUGAAAGACACAUUUUAUAGCCUCUGAUAUAUAAUGCAAAAGAGGCCCUGAGAGCAAUUGUUAUUUUUCUGUAAUGCCUUCAAAAUGCUAUUUAAAGAAAUUACCUCAUAAUUAUAUAAAUAUAUACACACAAAGAAUAAAUUUAUAUUACAUUGUUAUUCUCUGAUAACCUUGUCUGAAUUAGAAGUCAGGGGAACUUCGAACAGGAGUUAUGAAUAUAAAUUAAGAGCCCAGCAUUCUAUAUAAUUAUGCAAAACAAUUAAACAUCAUUUUCUUGAUGAUGUAAUUAAUUACCCAUGUAUAAAAAGCACAAAAUCUUUACAAAAUAUCUGCAAUACAUUUCUCAGUCGGCUGGAUAGUGAACUGUACAUUUUCUAAAUUUAAAGUAUUAGGGCCACACUGACCUUUUGAUUCAAAAAAGAGCAAAGUCAUAAUUGAAGUUAUUGACCAUAAACUAACAUUAAUCCAAAAAUUUGAUAAAGGUCAUUUUGACA